GAUUGGUGGAGAGGAAUGAUGGCAGGCUUGUGUGCCAAUCGAUUGCUGUUGGUAGGCUCGGGUCUGGUCGGACGGUCCGUUGGGUAUGGUUGCUGGAUGGCAAGGCAGGUAGGGUAGCCGUUGAAGAGGGGCGGCGUGUGCAGAGCGAGCGAAACAGAGAGAGGGGGGCAGCCGCCUCGGCAGGAAGUGAGCCCCGAGAGUGGGACCCCAAGGCAAAAUCCACAAAUGCUCAGACGGUUGCGUUCUGUCGUUGAGAGUGGUAGCUGCCGACACUUGUUCCUUGUUCCUCUCUUGGACACUUUCCACCGCGUUCGCAACGUCGGUAUUAUCGUGAUACAACAACAGUGGAUGAAAGAAACGUGCGCAGCGGGUACACACGGAGUUGCAGCGGCCGCGUGCACCCAUUUCAAGUGGGACGUGUAGGAGUCGUAGUCAUCGUCGGACGUCGUUGUUAUCGGACGUCUCGGUGUGACGAGAACCACAGUGACUGUGUGCCGAGCUCGUUCGAGCAGUGAACAUUCGUUGCCAAAUUCGUUGGAAUAUCGCGGGUUGUUCGCGUGUUCGGCCGAGUAUAUCAAGUGCUCCGAAAAUAUUGUCGAAGAUUCAUCGCCGAAGAGCCGAGUGAUCGAGUGAAAGAUCGAGAGCGAGAAAGGACACGAAUCCGGCCAGAAUACCUAGCCAGUGUAUCGUCGCGAUCCGAUUCGUCGAGCUUAUCGCCAGCCUGCAGCCAGUCACGAGCGAGUCUGGCGUGCACGACGGAGAAAACGGGGAAAAGGGAACGAGCGACGAAGACAGACAAAGGAGACACGCAGCAGCGUGCUAGGGGAAGAAAGUGACAGUGCGUCAGUUUCUCGGUCGGACUCUGGCGUGGACGACGUACUCGUUCCGUUUGCGUUCAAGCGUAGCUUGCCGAAACGGAGAAUCGGAACGCAAGAAGAGCAGACAACGUUUGCCGAAAGACAGGCAACGUUUAUUGAUAUGAAGACUGUUGAGUGUACACGGUAACACAGCAGUUACCAGAGCAGCCACGGUGACUUUUAGUGAUUACAAAACAAAAGAUCCAUCUGGGGAGAGACAGAUUCUUCGCACUUCGAGGAACGAUCGUGAUUUUGCGGCGAACACGACGGUGCGCGAUGAUCGUACGUUCGAUCCAUUAACCCUUAACGUCGUUUGUGCAUUGUUCCGAAGUGAUCGAACCAAGGAUUUACACCCAACCGAUGAUAUAGAUCGGUUGUUUAUCGGCAAACGCGACAGAGCUGAUUUUUAACGAACGGACUUUUGUACAUAGUGAAGACUAAGAAAGUGCGACGAAUGUCGACAGUGACUAGCUGUGUUGCCACUCGUAAAUUUCAACAAGUGGCACGAUAAUCGAAAGGAGUAGAAAGGAAGAAACGACCGAUCGUAUGACCUGAUCGGAGAGCGGAGCGAAGAAGAGCUUCCAUGUCACACUGUCGAGGGGAGAGAAGGUCUAGUCCGUUUGCCGCGUAGUGCUUGCCUGGUUCGGUCACCACCAGUGGACACACACGGGGAUCGGUGGCGAGGAACCGCACUCGGCACGGCAAUUGAACCGCUUCGUCGCGCGAGAACCCCACCUCGGCGUUUCGUCGAGCUUUUUCCAGUACAAAGACUUUUCAAAAAUUCGACAAACUGUACGGGCAAAGAGCAGACGACAUGCUCACGAUGGAGACGGACCUGAAGGGUGGCAGCCUGCACGGGCAAAUGCCACCUCAUCCUCAUCAAGGCGUCUCGCCCAUGGCGCAUCACACAGGAGUGUCACCGUAUGGUACCCUCAGCUCCAUCGUGCAUAGUCCCUCCCUGUCCGGAAGCCCUCCCAGCACGGGUGGCCUCGGCCUCGGCUUGCAGCAUCACCAUCAGCAGCAACACCAUUACGCUUCGAUGCAAGCCGCGCAACAGCAACAGCAACAACAGCAACAACAACAGAGCAUGCACUCGCUGGCGCAGCAGAACGCGGGCCAACAGCAACAGCAGCAUCAUUCGCACCAACAGCAACAGCAGCAACCGCAGCCGCCGCAGCAUCAUCAGCAGCCUAACAACAACAACAAUACCAGCAAAAACAACAAUAUCGAUCGCGUGAAGAGGCCGAUGAACGCGUUUAUGGUGUGGUCCCGCGGCCAGCGGCGCAAGAUGGCGCAAGAGAACCCGAAAAUGCACAACUCCGAGAUCUCGAAACGAUUAGGAGCCGAGUGGAAACUGCUGAGUGAAACGGAGAAACGUCCGUUCAUCGACGAAGCGAAACGACUACGCGCCGUUCACAUGAAGGAGCACCCGGACUACAAAUACAGGCCACGACGCAAGACAAAAACGCUGCUGAAGAAGGACAAGUUCCCGCUGGGUGGCGGAGUGACCGGAGUCGGCGGGAUGCUGGGCGUUGAUCAAAGGCAGGUCGGCGGUACAAGCGGGCCGCAACAGGCGCAACUGUCGCGAGACGUUUACCAAAUGCCGAACGGUUACAUGCCCAACGGCUACAUGAUGCACGACCCCGCGGCCGCGUAUCAGCAACACGUUGCGUACGGUGGGCACAUGGGCGGCGCGGCGGCGGCGGCCGCCGCCUCAGCUGCUGGCUAUCCGAGGUACGAUAUGGGUCAUCACAUGAGUGGCGGUAGCCCGGGUCCAAUAAACACUUACAUAAACGGUUACGGUGGCUACAGUAACACCGUGCCCGGUGGAUCACCCUCGCCGUAUCACCAAGCACAGCCCGGAUCCCAAAUAUCGAGCCACAGUCCGAGCGGCAGCAGUAUAAAGUCCGAACCAACGAGUCCGGCAAGCGGCGGGAUUCACACGCCAACGCCAACGGGACCAACACCAACGGGCGCGGCUGCCGGCCAAGUUGUAAAACGAGAGUACAUAACGCAACAGCAGACGCAACAAACCCAGGGUGACCUGAGACAGAUGAUCUCCAUGUAUCUGCCGCAAGGCGUGGAGCAAGGAGUGGUACAGCAUGGCGCCGGAGUCUACUCGCCUGGACCUUCGCCGGAUCCUCUCGUGCAGCACCAUUCCGCCAUUCCACCCUUAACUCAUAUGACGGAGAGCGACCGCAAAAUGUUGAAUCCUGAAACCGGCUGUUACUCGGAGUCCGUACGGGCAUGGUAUCGAUAUAUGUGGAGGAGGUACGGAGAUCGACAUCCAAACAUCUCUUCCUGGGACUCUUAUUAUUCAGAGAAAUAAAGUCAAGAACAUAUCCAGUGUGUCAUUCCUCGUUGCUGCAAUUGACAACGACGUCUAAGGACGUCUUAGGAAUUAAUCAAACGGUGUUUGACCACCAUACCACCGUAUGGUGUGAUUAGUGUCCCCGUUAUUAUUGUGAUCCGUCCACAACGAACGAGAUCGACGAACAGUUAUCAUUACCGGGGGAUCCACGAUUAUCAUUAUCAACGGCGCGGCAAACGAGAGCUACCGGUUGAAUAAUUCAUGCGCCACUCACGACUCGCCCGUUCUCCUCUUUCUCCUCCACUCAUUUUUUUUUUUCUCUCCCUUCUUCUUUUCGGUGGGUUGCGCGUAGCGCAAAUGAGAGAAAGUACGUACAAAUGAGAAGCCCCGAGACGUCGUGCCGUAGCACGACUAUACGCAUCGUUAUAAAUCAACCGUGUGCGAGGAUAAAUCGCGAUGUUACCACGCUGUUUUGUCGUUCGUCCGCGUUUUCCCUUCGCAUUGUCCUCCCUGUUUUCCCUCGCAUCCGCGAUCUCGCCGACUUUUUCGCCAGAAAAUAACGACUCCCGAUACGUGACGCGAAGCCAAUUCGACGCAACGAUACUUCAACAGAGAAACAGAGUCAUAAUCUUUGGAAGCUUUUCCGCGUUCCGAAUGAUUUUAGCACGCAAUCGUGUUAUUUCCUCUCUUCUUGACAAAUUUCCUAACACUGAGCAAUGUUUCCUGAAACUUUACAAUUCGAGAAAUCAGAAAUUAAAGUUUUCCUGUUUGUUAAAACAAACGCACGAGGUUAAAGCAUGAAAAUUCGAGACAUACGGCAGGAUUAAGAAAAAGACCGGUAGCUACUCGGAGGGGGCGGCGUUCGAAUGAAUUGAAAAUCGCGGAGGAAAGACGGAUGAAGUCGGGGAGGAAGAUACCUGACGGUGUUCUACCUGCCGGCUUCUUCCUCUUUCUGCCGUUUUCUCGUUAAUUAUUCCAGGCGUGCGCGUAUGCCACUGGAAUAUACGCGAUCGUAGAUAUAUACGCCGGUGUCUCUGGCGCAGCGUGACGCUGGUUCGUGAAACAGAGACGAACCAGCACGGUCUCGCGGUGGAAAAAUUGCGAUUUUGCGUAGAUUGAGACGGUUGGGUGAAUAAAGUAUCGGCGAAACACGCU